AUGACAAACGCAAGUGAAGAUUGUAUUCGUUUGGUUGGGGACAAAGUCAUUUUACGUCCAUGGAAAUCUGAAGAUAAACGAUCGUUGAUCGAGAAUGGAAAUAAUUAUAAAAUUGCUAUCAAUUUACGAAAUCAAUUUCCUUAUCCGUAUACAGAGCAAAGUGCAGAUGAAUGGCUAAAUUUUGUCACAAGUUUGACUUGCACCGAAAGGUUAUAUUUGGCUAUUGAGGUCGAUGAGAAAGCCGUAGGUGGAAUCGCGAUUUCAUUUGGAAACGAUGUUCAUGACUGUACGGCGGAACUUGGUUAUUGGUUGGGUGAAUCCUAUUGGAAUCGAGGCAUUAUGACUGAGGCGGUGGUUUUAUUAAGAAAUACUAAUUUGGCAUCGACAAAGGUUUUGGAAAAAGCCCAAUUUCAAUUUGAAGGACGAUUGAGAAAAUCGGUUAUUAAUAGAGAUGGAAUAGUUUUAGACCAACUUUUUGAUUGGACUAUUCUUGAUCUAACACCAACACGACGAGAUUUGACAUGUCAACACCAUGAUUGUUCACAACAUGGCACUUGUCUCAUCGGUAAAUGCUUCUGUCAAGUUGAUUACGAUGGAAUCGAUUGUGAACGAAUCUCUUACCAACCUAAACGGAAAUCAUGUAUCGACAACAAUGAUGAUACUUGUUUCAUUCAUCCAAUCUAUGGAAUUGGUCAAGUUCCAGCUAAACGAUGGAAAGCCGCUCUCAAAACAGAAAGAUCGGUUUGGAGUACACAAUCCAAUGAUCGGUGGAACGAUCAUUUAGCUGGUUUUGAUCAUUACAAAACAUUACCGAACGAUCUCGGUGAAAUGAUCGAAAUGGGUUGUGGACCAUUUACUCAAACAUUAUCAAUUCUUCGUCUUCCCAAAAAAAAAGUCAACAUCACUAAAUUAACACUUUGGGAUCCAAAUGCUAAUGAUUACAUCAAACGAGUCAAAUAUUGUUCGUAUAAAAACGGUUCAUUGAUAGGUUUUAGUUCGAUUCCAACAACAAUUGUUUCGGCACCAUCAGAAGAUAUGAAUAUUUAUCUAAAUGCAUUUGAUACAAUUCUCAUGAUAAAUGUUCUCGAACAUGUACAAAAUGCGUUUCAAAUCUUGCAGAAUCUUUAUAAUUCAUUGAGACCAAAUGGAAUUUUAAUAUUUGGUGAACGAUGGUGGGAUUAUAUGUUUAACACAGAAAAGUACGGUGGUGACGUGUUACAUCCUAUUCACAUCAAAUAUUACGUUUGGAAAUGGUUUACUGAUCAUUUUGAACCGAUUUAUGAUGCAAGAAAUCAUCAAUCAUAUUCGAAAUAUGGUCAUAAUGGAAGUUAUUUUAUCGGAAGGAAACGAAAGGUAAAAUUCGUUUGA